CUUCUUGCCCUGACUGAGAUGAGCUGGGCUGCUGGGACACAGUGUGUGGCCAAGGGGGACCACAGGAAAGCCAAACCUGGAGAACUGGCAUACCACAAAGGAGACAUCCUCACUAUUGUGGAUACGAGCACGAAGAAAGGAUACUUCAAGGCAAGGCACAACACCACAGGAGAUGAGGGACUUGUCAACUCCACUAAUGUUCGUGAAAGAGAGGCUCUGCGCGUGAAUCCAGGCCUCAGCCUCAUGCCCUGGUUUCAUGGUAACAUCUCCGGCCCGGAGGCGGUGAGUAAGCUGCAGCCGCCCGAGGAUGGCCUGUUCCUGGUGCGAGAGUCUGUCCGCCACCCUGGUGACUACGUCCUGUGCAUCAGUGUCUCCGGAGAGGUCGUCCAUUACCGAGUGAUAUAUAAGGACAAUAAGUUGACCAUUGAUAACGUGGAGUAUUUCUACAACCUUAUUGACAUGAUAGAGUUCUACUCAGAGAACAAAGGUUCCAUUGCUACAACUCUUCUGAAGCCCAAGCAAAAACCUGGAGCCAAAUCAGCUGAGUUGGAGCUCUCUAAAUCGGGAUGGCUGCUGGACAUCACGAAGCUCACACUGGGAGAAAAUAUUGGAGAGGGGGAGUUUGGUGCUGUUUAUGAAGGGGACUAUAUGGGCCAGAGGGUGGCAGUAAAGACCAUCAAAUGUGAUGUCACAGCCCAGGCUUUCCUGCAGGAGACCACAGUAAUGACGAAGCUCCAACAUAAAAACCUGGUGCGAUUGUUGGGGGUCAUCCUUCACAAAGGGCUUCACAUCGUUACAGAGCUCAUGACGAAGGGUAACCUUGUUAACUUUCUCAGGACAAGAGGGCGUUCAGUUGUAAACUCUGUCAAGCUGCUUCGCUUUGCACUUGAUGUGUGUGAGGGGAUGGAGUACCUGGAGUCUAAGAAGCUGGUUCAUAGAGACUUGGCAGCUCGUAACGUCCUAGUCUCUGAUGACAGCGUAGCCAAGGUUAGUGACUUUGGCCUGACCAAGGAUCUGAAGGUGUCAGAUAGCGUGAAACUGCCAAUCAAAUGGACUGCUCCAGAAGCUCUGAAGAAAGAGAAAUUCUCCACAAAGUCAGAUGUUUGGAGUUACGGUAUUCUUCUAUGGGAGAUUUUCUCUUAUGGCCGUCAACCCUACCCUAAAAUGUCUCUUCAGGAGGUGAAGGCGAGAGUGGAGGGAGGGUAUCGCAUGGAGUCUCCAGAGGACUGUCCAGCAGGCGUUUACUCUCUGAUGAGGAUUUGCUGGGAACAAGAGCCACGCAAAAGGCCCACUUUCCACAAACUGAGGGAGAAACUUGAACAAGAGAUGCAAGAGAUGAGUAAACACAGCCGAUAGAUAGUAGAAGCUGAAACUGAAAGAGUGUUUGAGCUUAGGUUUAUCUACAUAUUGUUGCCCAUUCUGUGGCAUUAAACUUAACACUUCCAGCAGGAUUCCUCUAAACCAGCCGAUGGGACAAUGAUAAUGUGACUCUCCUCAUUAUGUAAAGCCAGUGAGUGAUUCAUGGUUGUAUCGAGCAAGUUA